AUGGUAUCAGAACAAGAGGGGGAUCAGGAAAUCUCAGAGUUGGUGCCCUAUAGUGGCAUGAAGCAAGUGUGGGGCUGCCUGGAGCUGUUUCUGUUGUUCCUGACUCUUCCCCUUCUGGGGACCUCAGCCCCUAUGCCCCAAGGACUGCAGAGUCUUCUUCGACCACCUCAAGUCUAUUGGAGGGCGAGAGCUGGCAUCGCUGGGGGUGAGGAAGCCCCAGAAAAGGAGUGGCCGUGGCAGGUCAGCCUGAGGAUGAAGUACAAGAGGGAGGAAUAUGUAUUAUGGAAGCAUAUCUGUGGUGGCUCGCUUAUCAACCCCCAGUGGAUAUUGACUGCAGCAUCCUGCUUUCCAAAUAUCAAACAGGCGCCUUCAAGCUAUAGGAUCCAACUAAGGCAGCAACAUCUGUACUAUGAAGACAACUUGCUGCUGAUAUCCGAGAUUGUGGUCCACUCCAACUUCACCUUUAAGAUUAAAGGUGCUGACAUCGCCUUGAUAAAGCUGCAGGAGCCUGUCCAGUUUUCCAGCCAAGUCCAGCCUAUCAAGCUUCCUGCUGCCUCACAGGACUUCUCCAACACAGAGUGCUGGGUGACCGGCUGGGGGUAUAUCAGUAUUAAAGAGAGUCUGCCCCCUCCAUUCGGCUUGAGGCAAUUGCAAGUCUCUGUUUUGGACAAUCAUGACUGUGACCAGCUUUACCACAAGUUUUCUAUCGUUGCUGAGUCCAUAAGGAUGAUUCCUGAGGACAUGAUAUGUGCUGGCGAAAGCAACCGUGACAUCUGUGAGGAGGAUUCCGGAGACCCUCUUGUCUGUAAGGUUGAAGACUCUUGGUUUCAGGUUGGGGUGGCAAGCUGGGUAGAGAAGUGUGGCUCUUCUUCCAUACGCCCUGGAGUCUACACAAAUGUCUCAAAAUAUUUGGAUUGGAUCCAGAAGAAAAUUCAGUGA